UUUAUUUUUAUUUUUGUCCGUUGCCAUAGGAUAAAACCUGAUUUUAAAUGCAGCCAACGUAACAUCAUAUCAUCAUUAAACUGAUAGCACGCUUUUAGGCGUAACAAAGUGAAGCAAAUAAAUUCCAAAAUCUUUUAUUCAUCGCCCGCAUUCUAUCAACCAACUGAGAGUAACACAUUUCCUUCAACAACUUUUUACAACGCCCCUUCCACACAUGCAUAUGGAUUGGUAACGGCGCUGAAAAGUAUGCCACAAAUUUGCCCAAAAGCAGUGCACUUUCCACUCACUCUUUCGCUUAAAAUUGGGAACUUUAGGGAAAUUAAAAACUUUACAACAGAAGAACAUUUAAUUGCACUUGAGCACUUGAAAACAGUUACAGCAGUUACAAUACGUACCGUUACAAGUAUGGCGGCAAGUGUGUUGCGGUGUUUGUACAUAUAUAUUUAUAAAACUUUGCAGACAAUCAUGCCGCAUUGGACAAAUAUGGAACGGAAGACACUGAUUUGCUUGCCAACAACAGUUCGAAGCCAACCAAAAGCAGAAAAAGGAGGUGGCGUGGGCAAUACGAAAGGGAAAUCAGUAAAAAAGGGCAAGGCUUUGGAAAGAGAUUUCACAAAUAAGUAAAUGAAAUUGUGAGUAAAUAAAAUAAAAGUUUGAGAGCUCGGGUGAUGAUUGAAGUAUUUUGUGAACUGGAGAGAGUUCUUAGAGUAAUGUAUAUUAAAGAGAGAGAGAGAGCACUGAGUGCGAGAAUGAGCUGAGUGAGUAAGUCAAUUCUACGGAUAUUGGGUGCUUUAGUAGAAUUUUAAGUAAAAUAGAUAAUUUUAGAC